AUUCUCUGUGGUUAUUGCCUGUCCCUGGGUUAUAAAUACGGGGAGCAGUGCGGCAGGAGGGCCUGCUGGAGGAGACGGGGACCUGGCAGCCGGCAGAGCAAGGGUCUCAGGGAAGCUCCCAGCAUGAAGCUUUUUGCCCUCGUCCUGACACUGGCCGUCCUGGCAGGCAGCCAGGCCUCUCUCCUCAGCGAUGAGCCCACACCGAGGUUGGAGCAGGUCCGGGAAGCCUUCUGGGAGUACGUGGCCAAAGCCACCAGUUCCACCGAGAAAACCAUGGAGCUGAUCCGUAAAUCGGAGCUGGGCCAAGAGAUCAACAGCCGCAUCAGCCACAGCCUGGUGGCUGCCAACAGCUAUGGCACAGAGCUGCAGAAGCAGCUGCCUCCUGGGGCCCAGGAGCUGGUGGCCAAGCUGAGCAAGGACACAGAGCUGCUGAUGCAGAAGAUUGCAGGGGACCUGCAGGAGCUGAACCAGAAGGUGCAGCCAUACACUGAGGAGCUGCAGCAGAAGGUGCAGCAGAGCGUGGAGGAGCUGCAGGCUCGGCUGGCGCCCUAUGCCGAGGGGCUGCUGGAGCAGGCAGAGCAGCGAGCUGAGACCCUGCGCCGCAGCUUGGUGGCUGGCACACAAGAGUUGAGCGAGAAGCUGCAGCAGAACGUGGAGGAGCUGCGCAGCCAGCUGGGUCCUUACACCCAGGAGCUGAGCGGGCGGCUGCAGCAGCACGUGCAGGAAUUCCAGCAGGGGCUGGAGCCCUACGUGCAGAAGCUGCAGGGGAGCCUUAGCCAGGGCGUGCAGCACGUCCGUCGCAACCUGCACCCCUACGCCGAGGACCUGCGCCAGAAGCUCAACCCCUACGCCGAAGACCUGCAGGGGCGGCUGGGCUCCCUCUGGGCUUCCUUCCUGCAGCACUUCCAGUGAGGGGCCUGCGCUGGUGGGGAGAUGAGAACACAGAGCCAGGUGGGCGGGGUUGAGACACGGACCCCAUCCAUCCAUGGGACUGGGGGAUGGGAGCACAGACCCCAUCCGUGCAUGGAGCCUUCAGAGGUCACAGGUGCUUGAGAGGGGACAGCCUCUCCUCUAAGAGCCCCUGACAUGCCCAGGGUCCCUGUCCCAUCACCCCUAGUCACUCCCUGUGUCUGUAACAACCUCCCGGGGCUCAAUAAACCACCUGCUGAUUAAUCACCCCA